CGGAUCUGUCAUGUUGCAGGAACUAGUGGACAUAGUGUAUAAGAGGCUUGCUUGCUCAAGAAUGUUUGAAUUAUACUGGCCCUGGCUGCCCAAUUUAAUCGCCGGCCCGGGAACCAUCCUCGUGUCUAUUUUGCUUUUUCUUGGAAGCUGAACAUCUGAUCCUUCAUAUCUUCCUCAAGGCAUUCGCUGACGAUUAUUGGGCUCUGAACCAUCCGGAUCAAUACGCCCGAGAGGCGUAGUCUCAUCCCGUCCUUGCCUUUUGCGCAUACUGUGUAAAGGCACAGCUACGGUAUGUAUAUGUAGUCCACUAUUACAUCAAGCACGCCCUGUAAGAAAUCCAGAAUAUCUCAAGUAUGAACCGUCACCUACCGCCGCGCGCCUUUAAUCCGGGCUGGGUAGAAUAUGAGUAGAUUCUCCGAGUAUUACGAUUGGACCGUCACUGCUCGAAAAUGUUUGAACGGUGAACCUCCCCCAGGUCAUUUGGCAACCUUCCAAGUCUGGAGAGGACUGAUCCGGUUUCCACUCGCCGGGGUGGAGCAUUCCAGUCGGGUGGAUAUGUUCUAUGGAAAGCUUCUCGAAGAGGUCGAAGGGUCGAGGCUAGACGAGACAAGAAGGACCCUAUACAGAAAAUUUACUUGCAAAGUGGUUUCCGCCCAUGUUGCUCUCGAAGAAAAACAAACGAAUAUUGGGACCAUAUCAAAGCUUCAAACACCUCUGACGCAUCUCGCAGCAGCACUCCGUUUAGUUGCUAAGCUUAAAGAGUAUGAUGACGAACACCCCGUCCAUUGGUCCGAGGUCUUCCCAACCCAAAGCGUGAAGAGUAACCUAUCGCCGGACGAACUCUGGUUUCACUUCAAGUUAGAAAGCAUCCGGCCAUGCCUCGUGUUUCUCGUAAGGCUUCUUAGGCUGGUGCUUCCAUACCACUCGGACACGUGGAAUGAGUGCGAGGAGAGUCUAACGAGAAAGGAAUGGAUGGACCAAUUUAUUCUCGACUCUCCACGACCUCUGAAUAUGCCAAUCCCGCUAUCUCCAUCCGUAGUCACUUUGUUGGCUGAUCAAGCCGAGCGGACCAGGACGUCGAGUGCGAGUUCGGGGACCAUGUCGAAUGGCAACUCCUAAUAUAAUAUCGUUUUGUCUAGAUAGAAAGAGAAAUAUCCAAAGCAAAAUAUGUAGAGCAAACAGGCAGAGGGUGGGAGUUUGGAAGACCAUGUAUGUGUAUAAGACAAUAUAUUCAGGAGUAGUACAUAGGCAAAUAUCAUACAAUAUGUAUUUAUCACGUAUCCAUGGAUCUAUCCCGUAGACCCACUUCGGUUACACUUAUUUACCCCAGAUUUGAGUAAUGGAUAUGCAGUUACAGGGUUCCAAGUUAGAUACAUGUAUUGUACAUAGUACCUACAGUAGUAGCACACGAUAA